CGAUGAGCUCACUUGCUCAGAAACAGUCUGCCAUCUGGCACUGCGGCAUAUUAAAUUUUGAAAAUCCUGCUGGUUCCUGAAGUUUCAUUCUUCGCCGGAGCCCAAAAAAAUUGUCUCGUUCCAUCGAUUCUGUUGUUGUCGCAGAUUUUAAUCGGAAGACUGCCUGCUAACCGCAAAAAUGGUGAACUUCACGAUCGACGAAAUUCGUGCUAUGAUGGACAAAAAGACCAACAUCCGCAACAUGUCCGUCAUCGCUCACGUCGACCACGGAAAAUCUACGUUGACUGAUUCUUUGGUUACCAAGGCCGGUAUCAUUGCCCAGUCGAAGGCAGGUGAAAUGCGAUUUACCGACACUCGCAAAGAUGAGCAGGAACGUUGCAUUACCAUCAAAUCAACAGCCAUCUCCAUGUACUUCGAACUGCAAGCCAAAGACGUUCCCCUUGUCAAGGGUGAAACGCAAAUCGACAAGGAACGCACACCCGGUUUCCUUAUCAACUUGAUCGACUCUCCCGGUCACGUGGACUUCUCGAGUGAAGUGACGGCUGCACUCCGUGUUACCGAUGGAGCUCUCGUUGUCGUCGACGCCGUCAGUGGUGUCUGUGUGCAAACCGAGACUGUGCUCCGUCAAGCUAUUGCUGAGCGCAUUAAGCCAGUCCUUUUCAUGAACAAGAUGGAUCGUGCUCUCCUGGAGUUGCAGCUGGAACAGGAAGACCUUUACCAGACCUUCCAACGUAUUGUGGAAAGCAUCAACGUCAUCAUCGCUACCUACUCUGACGAGUCGGGCCCCAUGGGUGACAUCAAGAUCGACCCCUCCAAGGGCAACUGUGGUUUUGGUAGCGGUCUGCACGGAUGGGCCUUUACGCUGAAGCAGUUCGCUGAAAUGUAUGCCGCUAAAUUCGGCAUUGAUUUGGAGAAGUUGAUGAACAAACUGUGGGGUGAGAACUACUACAACGCCAAGACCAAGAAAUGGUCCAAACAGAAGAGUGAAGCUGAUGACAAGCGUGCCUUCAAUAUGUUUGUCUUGGAUCCCAUCUACAAGGUGUUCGAUGCCGUUAUGAAGUUCAACAAAGAAGAAACUGCCAAGUUGAUGGAGAAACUGAACAUUGUCCUGAAGGGUGAAGAUAAGGAAAAGGAAGGCAAACACUUGCUUAAGGCGAUCUUCCAGCAGUGGCUCCCAGCCGGUGAAGUGCUGUUCCAGAUGAUCACGCUCCAUCUGCCGUCACCCCAAACAGCGCAAAAGUACCGCAUGGAGUUGUUGUACGAAGGACCUAUGGAUGACGAAGCUGCCGUAGCUGUUAAGAACUGUGAUCCCAACGGACCGCUGAUGAUGUACAUCAGUAAGAUGGUACCCACUUCUGAUAAGGGUCGGUUCUACGCGUUCGGUCGCGUGUUUUCCGGGGUCGUGCAGACCGGUCAGAAAGUGCGCAUUAUGGGUCCGAACUAUGUGCCCGGCAAGAAGGACGAUUUGUACGAAAAGUCUAUCCAGCGUACCGUUUUGAUGAUGGGUCGUGGCACGGAAGCCAUUGAGGAUGUGCCCAGUGGUAACAUUUGCGGUUUGGUUGGUGUUGACCAGUUUUUGGUCAAGACGGGUACCAUUACCACGUUCAAGGAUGCUCACAACCUGAAGGUUAUGAAAUUCAGUGUGUCACCCGUCGUGCGUGUUGCCGUUGAGCCGAAAAAUCCCGCAGACUUGCCGAAAUUGGUGGAAGGUUUGAAGCGUUUGGCCAAGUCCGAUCCUAUGGUCCAAUGUAUCAUUGAAGAGAGCGGUGAGCAUAUCAUCGCCGGAGCUGGCGAAUUGCACUUGGAAAUUUGUUUGAAAGACUUGGAAGAAGAUCACGCAUGCAUCCCGAUCAAGACGUCAGAUCCUGUUGUAUCUUACCGUGAAACCGUGUCAGAAGAGUCAUCUGAACUGUGCUUAAGUAAAUCACCCAACAAGCACAAUCGUCUGUACAUGAAGGCAGUUCCGAUGCCGGACGGCCUGGCUGAAGACAUUGAAUCAGGUGAAAUCACCGCCAAGCAGGAGUUUAAGGCCCGUGGCCGUAUCCUGGCUGAUAAGUACGGUUAUGACGUUGGUGAAGCCCGUAAGAUUUGGUGCUUUGGUCCGGAAACAAGUGGCGCUAAUCUUCUUAUGGACGUCACCAAGGGAGUACAAUACCUCAACGAAAUCAAGGAUUCCGUCGUUGCUGGUUUCCAGUGGGCAACAAAGGAAGGUGUACUCUGUGAAGAGAAUUGUCGUGGUAUCCGCUUCAACGUACACGAUGUGACACUCCAUGCUGAUGCCAUCCAUCGUGGUGGUGGUCAGAUCAUCCCCACAGCUCGUCGGUGCUUUUAUGCCUGCGUCUUGACUGCCGCUCCUCGUCUCCAAGAGCCGGUGUACCUGGUGGAAAUCCAGUGUCCGGAGGCGGCUGUCGGUGGUAUCUACGGUGUACUGAAUCGUCGUCGUGGCCACGUCAUCGAGGAAAGCCAAGUGGUGGGCACGCCCAUGUUCGUCGUCAAGGCUUACCUGCCGGUAAACGAGUCCUUCGGCUUCACGGCCGAUCUGCGCUCAAACACUGGUGGCCAGGCGUUCCCUCAGUGCGUCUUCGACCACUGGCAGAUCCUUCCAGGUGAUCCCAUGGACGGCAAGAGCAAGCCUGCCGAAGUGGUGGCCGUCACCCGUAAGCGAAAGGGUCUUAAGGAGGGUGUCCCAGAUUUGAGCAAUUAUUUGGAUAAGCUUUAAAUUGUGUUAAGUGGGAUUUUGUGCGAUCGAUUAAUAUUUCAUCUUUGGUUCGCUUAAUUUUGUGCUUAAAGGCUAAAAAAAUGUAGUUGUCGUUCCGUAUUGUCGCUUUGUUCGUCGUAAUCUUUUUUAUUGCGUUAGUUAAUUUCUUAAUUCAUAAUAAUUAUUCUGCUAUAAAAAGAAAACAUUGG